CACAGACAGCAGUCCUGACACUUCUAGGUGGCCGGAGGAGGUUGUUGAAGAGCCGCUACCAUAGCAACAACUGCCUCCCCAAAUAUGGCGGCGACGUAAGGACGCGCUCGUGUACGUAGGGGAGACGCGCACAGAGCAGACGUCCUCACGAUAUUUCACUAUUCUUCAUUCGUCACCUUGUGAAAAUAUGCCUGUGAAGAAAAAGAGAAAAGCCGCCUCUUCUGAUGAAGUGAAUCUGAAGAAAUGUAGGAUAUCUAGCUAUUGCAGGACACAGACACCAAGUAGAGUCAUAAGUGAAGAUCUGUUCUCUAGCAAGAAGUGCCUGGCGUGGUUUUAUGAAUAUGCAGGUCCAGAUGAGGUUGUUGGCCCAGAAGCUAUGGAAAAGUUCUGUGAAGACAUUGGUGUUGAACCAGAAAAUAUUAUUAUGUUAGUUCUGGCUUGGAAACUAGAAGCAGAAAGCAUGGGCUUCUUUACAAAGGAGGAGUGGUUAAAAGGAAUGACCUCAUUACAAUGUGACUGCACAGAGAAGUUACAGGGUAAAUUUGACUAUCUGCGCGCUCAACUGAACGAUAACACUGCCUUUAAGAAUAUUUACAGAUAUGCAUUUGAUUUUGCUAGGGAUAAGGACCAGCGGAGUCUGGAUAUCGAUACAGCAAAAUCCAUGUUGGCCCUUCUACUAGGAAGAACGUGGCCAUUGUUUUCUGUAUUCUAUCAGUAUCUAGAG